AUGUCGAUCAAAUACAAUGAGAAAAACUUUCCCUACAUCGACCUCGGCAAGGGGUACAUCAUCUACCUCCAGGAUGAGGACUACACGGACGAGCGGUGGGUGCUGAAGGCGGAACAGGAGCUCCACGAGACGCCGGAAAACCAGGCCCGGGCGCUGGAACAGCUGCGCGAACUUCUGCGUGGUGAGAAGAAGCUCACCGUUCCGCUGGAGGAUGAAAAGUUUCUGCUCAAGUUUCUGCGCCCGCUGGCGUACGACGUCCAGAAGGCGUUCGACUGCAUCCGCCACACGUUCCUGAUGAAGAAGAACUACGGCAAGGACUACUACGAUGGGCGCAUCAAGCCGUCGCACAUCCGCCACAUCUACGACUCCGGCAUGGUGACCUUCCUGCCGAUGCGUGACGACGACGGAUGCGGCAUUUGCAUAACGCAGCUCGGGCGCAAAUGGAACACCUCAAAGAUCUCGAUGUAUGACGUGGUGGCGCUGUUUCGCAUCAACAUCGAGGCCUCGCUGAUGGAUCCCCUGGUGCAGCUAAACGGUAUCCGGAUCAUCUUCGACUUUGACGGCAUCUCGAUGUCGCACGUGGCCCAGGCGUCCCCGAAGCACGCGAUGGUGAGCCUCCAGUGGAUCCAGAAGUGCUGCCCGCUGCCCCUGAAGAGCAUCCACAUCGUGAACAACUCGAUGCUGUUCAACGUGAUGUUCACCAUCUUCAAGCCGUUCAUCUCGAAGGAGCUGCGGGACAAGAUGUACUUCCACAACCGCGACUGGAGUUCGCUGACCAAAACCAUCAGUCCCAAGUGUCUGCCGCCGGCGUACGGUGGCACGCUGGACGCGCCCGAAUGCGAAGGUCAGCUGCUCGGUGACUUCAUGCAGCUGUACGACAAGCACUACGAAGCCUUGGACGCCUUCGGUUACGACGAGACCAAUGCCAACUGA